AAAUACGGAAGCGGAAAACGAAAAAUCAAAAUAGAAAAAUGUGGCCCAAACAAUGCCAUUGGCAGUGUGUGUAACGAAUAAAAAAAUAAAUAUUGCAUCAAUCAUAGAUAAAUACAACGCUUAACAAUAGCACAAAAGUUACUAAGCAAAUAGUAAAAUGUUUAUUUUAACAGUAAUUAAAUUGCUGCUGAUAGCACUGAAUAUAUUCCCCAGUCGAUUCACAAAUCGACGGAUUAUGUUCAUCAUCUACAUGACGAAUCUGGUGACGCACGUCAUGAUGGAUGAGCCACGUUUCGCACAGCCGAUACCAAACGUUACCGUUGCCGUUGGCCGAGAUGCCAAUCUGCCCUGCGUUGUGGAGCAUUUGGGUGGCUACAAGGUGGCCUGGAUUCACAUAGACCGGCAAAUGAUUCUAACCAUCCAUCGACAUGUAAUAUCAAGGAUUCCACGCUACAGCAUCACCUACACGGACAAUACGUGGCUUCUACAUGUGAACCAGGCCCAUCAGGAUGAUCGCGGCUACUACAUGUGCCAAGUCAACACGAAUCCAAUGAUUAGCCAGGUUGGCUACCUACAGGUUGUGGUGCCACCAAAUAUACUGGACAUUGAGAGCACACCAUCGUCGGUGGCAGUGCGUGAAAAUCAAAAUAUCAACAUGACAUGCCGAGCUGAUGGAUUUCCAUCACCAAAAAUCAUUUGGCGGCGUGAGGAUGGCGAGGAAAUUGCCGUAGAGAAGAAGAAAAAAGUUCUGGUGUACGAUGGCGAUGUCCUUCCUUUGACCAAAGUGAGUCGCAAUGAAAUGGGCGCCUAUCUGUGCAUUGCCACCAAUGGUGUACCGCCCUCGGUGUCCAAACGAAUCAUUCUCGAUGUGGAAUUCUCGCCCAUGAUUUGGGUGCCGAAUCAACUUGUUGGGGCUCCAUCCGGCACAGAUGUAACCAUCGAUUGCCACACGGAGGCGCAUCCCAAGGCCAUCAUCUAUUGGGUAUACAAUUCGGUGAUGGUAUUGCCAAGCAAGAAAUAUAAAACCGACUACACGGAGAACUCCUAUCGUGCCCACAUGAAGCUGACGAUAAGAAACCUGCAAUAUGGUGACUUUGGCAACUAUCGAUGCAUCUCGAAGAAUUCGCUGGGGGAAACGGAAGGCUCCAUACGUGUUUACGAAAUACCUUUGCCCUCCACGCCAUCCAAGCAGGUGACCCACACCACAGUCGAGUCCAGGGAGAACAAUAUCAUACCCUCAUCACGCAACGACACAACGAAAGCCCUGCAAACGGAUGUGGGAUAUGCCAUGAAGAACGAUUUAUAUCCUGGCUCAGCCUCAUCCUCAUCCUCUGGCAUGGGGGCCAGCUCCUCGGCGGCCUCAUCCUCGACCUCGAUGCAGACUUCUGCCCUCCCAGGAGGUGCUACGGGCAAUAGCCUAUCGUCCUUGGGCACCAAGGGCUCCCUGGCGACAGGGAAGAGCACAUUCGAUGCGGAUCGACCACCGAAUCAGUAUGCCUCGUCAGUGGCAAUCCCAGUGCUUCAUAGAGCACUUCUGCUCCUGGGCUCUGGAAUCUAUCUGACCCAUCUCUGAAAUCAAUAAAUCGCUUGAGUUACUCAAUAAGCAUUUCCAAAAUGCAGCCAAAGGGGGUCAUAUAAAUGGGGCGGGGCAUAGUUUAGGUACAUCAACAUAUUUCAUAGCUGAAAGUAUAUCAAAAAAACCAAUAAUAAACGGAAAAAAAAGAAAAACAACACAUGCUUCAAACUUGGCUCACUUCAAAGCUAUAGGAAUUUGUAAAAUUAUAUAUAAAACAA